UUUAUCAUUUGUUAUGGUUGUUCUUAAUCUCCUUGCAUUAUCUGAGUGAUUCUAGAUCUCAUUUCAGAUGAGCUUUCAAGAGAUCAACUAAACCAUCUGAUCAUAAGGCCACAGAGUCUAAAACAGGAGUUCUCAACUUUUCUUUCUGAGGCCCCUGAUGUGCUCUAAAAACUCCACAGCUCAUCUGUGCUGCCACAACUAUUUUUCUGCAUAUAAAAGCCAGAGCUAGCAUUGGUGGGUAGUACGCAGGGCAAUUACAUCGGGUCCCACCCCUCAGGGGGCCCUGCAAAGCUAAGUUGCUCAGGCUUCGGCUUCAGUCCCAGGUGGCAGGGCUCACAGCUCCAGGCUUCAGCACCGCGCCGCAUGGCUUUGGCUUUCUGCCCUGGGCCCCAGCGAGUCGAACACCGGCCCUGCAUCGUGGACCCCCUGAAACCUGCUCAGGGGUGGGCCUGGACCCCUGGUUGAGAACCGCUGGUCUAAAAUACAGACGCCAAAGAGGAAAUGUUUGACCACUAGAGGGCACCGUAUCCCUACAUAACCUAAUACUCAUUUUACUUGCACACUAGAGAUAAACACAGCUGUGUUUAUUCCUUGGUAUCAUGUCAUUCGGGAAUUUCACCUGCAACUUUGAUGGUAGGAGACACAUUUUCCUAUUCAAUGGAACAGCCUGAAAAAGGAAAUGGAAGGGAAAGCCCUGACAGUACCUGUCUUAUGGCUUUAUCACUAUUUUUCCAUAAGUAAUUAGGAGGAGGAAGUACAUUAUUAUCAAUAUGGCCUUUUAAAUCUCCAUUCAGGUUAUUAGAGUCCUCUGGGGCUUAUCUAGAGAGCCGAAUAUAGCAUUCACCUCUCCAAGGGAAGGGGGUAUUCAGCAAGAUGUAUAUUGGCAGAACUAAUCUUUCCCCAUAGUAGUCAAGGCAGGAUCCGGGGUGUCAAGGGACCUGCCUUCUGUUCCUGGCUCCGCUGCUGAUGUGAGGCGUGAUUCAAAACCCAGUAGAGUCAAUGGAAAGACUCCGAUUGAAUGAAAUGGGCAUUGGGUUAGGUCCUUGCUGCAUGAACCUGAUUGUCGCUGUAAUGCCGCUAAAAUGGGGAUAACACAUAGCGAGGUUGUGAGGCUUGAAUAAUGAACAUCUUUGAAAGCCCUUAGAGAUCUUCAAAUGGAAGGUGCUGAGACAUUUUUUUUGUCCUGGUUCCAGAAACGAUGAAUCCAUCAGUGGGUUGUCCUACUCUGCCGGACUUCGAAACCUCAAAAAAAAUCGGAGACCUGAUCCUUGUAUCUCAGUGGGCCCAUAUACCUUGGUGAUAUGUUACUGAGCAGGGCAUGCUGAAUGAAUCCAUGCUGUUUUUCCUUCUGCAGGAGCUAAGCGUUGCUCUCUACAGACACCUCCUUGGUCUUCAGGAGAACGAGGCCAGCCCUGAUCAGCCGGUUGUUGGAAAGAUCCUGAACCUCCUGUGCUGCGACAUCGACGCAGCACUGAUCGAGAGAGCUGAGCGAUGCAGUCCCUUUCCUGGCUCCAUCUCCUACGUCACCCUGGAUGUCAUGGAUGCUGGUGCCCGGGAGUUGUUCUUGAGCUCCUAUCUGAGCAGGUUCAGCCGUUCCACCUUUGACAUCGGCUUUUGUAUGUCAGUGACCAUGUGGAUCCACCUGAACCACGGGGAUGAUGGCCUGGUGGAGUUCUUAACCUACCUUUCGUCUCGGUGCAACUACUUGCUUAUUGAACCCCAGCCGUGGAAGUGUUAUAGAGCAGCCGCCCGGCGCCUCCGGAAGCUGGGUAGGAAUGAUUUUGACCACUUCCGCUGUCUUGCCAUCAAUGGGGACAUGGCAGAGAGGAUAACCCAGAUCUUAACCGAGGACGGUGCCAUGGAACUGGUGUGCUGCUUUGGUAGCACAAGCUGGGACAGGAGUCUCUUGCUUUUUAAAUCAAACCGAUUGACUCAGAAGCAACUCUGAGAAAGGGCAGCUCCGUGACUGAUGAAAACAUCAUCCUGCACCCAGGCAGAGGGGGAGAGAGAGAGGUAAUGGUGUGAGCAUAGAACUGGGAGCCAGGAGCUUCUGAAUCUGCAUCUCAGAUUUCGCGCUGAUUCCUCUCUGCCUCAGUUUCUCCAUCUACAGAACGAGGAUAAUAAUUGUGACCUAUCUCUUGGGGUGCUCGGGUAAAGUGCUUUUGAAGAUAAAAAGUGCCAUAUAGGUUCUUUGUACAUACACUAGAACAGGUUAUUUCAUUGAAAGACAGUGCAUUUGCCUAUUCUCAAGGGAACAAAAAUACACUUCCAUUUAUCACAUGUGAGAAUCCGUUUCUUCCCUCAUAAUAUUUUCUAUAGUUCUGUUUUAUUACUGCACUUCCAAGAAGGCUAACGGCAUUUUGGGCUGUAUAAGUAGGGGCAUUGCCAGCAGAUCGAGGGAUGUGAUCGUUCCCCUCUAUUCGACAUUGGUGAGGCCUCACCUGGAGUACUGUG